AUGGCGCUUCCGUCGGGGUUUCGCGAAAGACUGGAACAAAUGGAACAGACCAGAAAUCAACGUCUCUCUCUACUUCAGGCGGAGAAAGAGCUUCAGAUAACCAAAUCUCAGGUGUUAGCCGCAAGGCUCUCGAAUAUCAGAUCCCUAGAACGGCGCUGCCUUAAUCUCGACCUCAAGAUCUCUUCUCAACACUUCGCUAUCUCUUCUCUCAAAUCCGAAAUGGAUCGCCUUGACUCUGAUUAUCUCAGCACUCUACAGAAAGUCAGAUAUUUGAAGAAUGAGGUAGAGGAGCUGGAGGAACUAGAGAAAGAAAAGCAGAAGUAUUACGCUUCAGAAAAUAAGGAGAUGGAUGAAUUCAUGGAGCAAGUGGAAAAUUUUGUACUUGAAUGCCAAGUGCAAAUAGAGGAAUUGAGAUGUCAUGCCAAUGAGCUGAAGUUGAUAUUUUCAGAACUCAAAGGCAACAUUAACCAUUCAAAUAACUCUGAGAUAGCUGCAGCCGAGAGAAGAAAAUCAGAACUCCUAACUGUUAAAGAGAGUGUGGACAGAGAUCUGGCUCUGAAUUACCAAUUAAGAGAGCAGUUGAGAAGGCAGCUUCUAAAUCUCUUGAUCAACCAAAAUCCACAGAGAGACUGAGAGAGAUAAUUUUUUGGCCAAGAAAAACAUGCUCUAGAGGGAAGGUAAAUAUUUAGUAGUUGGUAACAUUCAGUGCAAGUGAGUCAUUUGACAACA